AUGAUACCCUUCCGCUUAGUGUACGGUAAGGCUUGCCACCUCCUAGUAGAAGUGGAACACAAGGCUUUCUGGGCUGUAAAGGACUGCAACAUGAAUUAUAAGGAAGCUGGUACUGAAAGGAAGCUGCAACUAGCAGAAUUAAAGAACCUUCGCCUAGAGGCAUAUGACAACUCCAAGCGAUACAAGGAAAAGAUGAAGGCCGUCCAUGACAAGCACAUAAAAAGGAGAGAAUUCAGACCAGAGGAGUUAGUUCUUCUUUACAACUCCAGGCUGAGGCUUAUGCCAGGCAAAUUGAGAUCAAGAUGGAAAGGCCCCUACAGAGUAGAAAAUGAAGGAUCACAAGGAGCUAGAGGUCAAUGGACACCACCUAAAGCUUUAUCAUGGUGA